AUGUUGAACAAUUGGCAAGAACGCAAGCAGGGUGACGGCCGAUAUCAUGGGGAUUGGACAAGCAACUAUGAUGUAUCAUUGCAAGACCUGCAGUUACAGGAUUUGAUUGAUGAUAAUGAGCAACACAAGGAUGCACAACUAUUCAUCAAACUCAACAUUCAAAAGGAUACUUGCUCUGAGUUGUGUCAGAAAUCUGAGGGUACAAUACUAUUUUCAAGUGGACAAAGUCAGGCCUAUGUUGAUAAAAAGUGGUUCUCUAGAUUACUGGAACUGAAGGAAAAAAAAAAAAAAAAAAAGAAAACUCAUGAUUUAUACAGAAUGGAAAUUAGAAGUUCCUUGUACAUAAUAAUAGACAAUUUGCAAAUAGAUUGUAUGUAUAAGUAA